GAUUGGAACACCUGAAUCACAUGAUUGGGAGGGGAUUGGAACACCUGAAUCACAUGAUAUGGAGGGGAUUGGAACACCUGAAUCACAUGAUAUGGAGGGGAUUGGAACACCUGAAUCACAUGAUAUGGAGGGGAUUGGAACACCUGAAUCACAUGAUUGGGAGGGGAUUGGAACACCUGAAUCACAUGAUAUGGAGGGGAUUGGAACACCUGAAUCACAUGAUUUGGAGGGGAUUGGAACACCUGAAUCACAUGAUUGGGAGGGGAUUGGAACACCUGAAUCACAUGAUAUGGAAGGGAUUGGAACACCUGAAUCACAUGAUAUGGAGGGUAUUGGAACACCUGAAUCACAUGAUUGGGAGGGCGGGGCCAAUACUUUUGGCAAUAUAGUGUACUAUGAA